AUGGUCUCAUUGAGCUACCUCAUCAACGAGCCUCACCCCUCGGCUCCCAGAGGCAGAAGCACCGCAUACCUUGGCUCUGGACGAGGAGGUGCCGGAAACUUCAAGCGCUACAAGGUUGAGGAACUCACUGUCGGCAACGACGCUACUGGUCCUGCAUCCCGUGGUGCCAUCUCUCCCCCUCCCCCAACCCAGAAGUACACUGCUGGCAGAGGAGGCAUGGGAAACACCUUCACCCGUCAAGAAAGCCAAAGGGCCAUCUUCUCCUUCGACGAGGAACUCGCCCGCGACCAGAAGCUCAUGGAUGCCCGCGCCAAGGCCCCUGUCUACCACACCGGCAGAGGAGGCUCAGGCAACUUUGUCGAUGAGAUGAAGCCUUCUGCCAGUCGCCAGAACAGUGCCGCCUCCGUCUCAUCAAAUGGCUCGUCUGUGUCUGACAAGGCUCGUCGCAUCGGCGGUGCCUUCAGAAGCUUGAGCAGAACCUUCAGCAGAGACUCUACUCGCGAGUAG